AUGUCUUCAAGGAAGAAGGUUCUCCUCAAGGUCAUCAUUCUCGGCGACAGCGGCGUUGGCAAGACGAGUUUGAUGAACCAAUAUGUCAACAAGAAGUUCAGCGCUAGCUACAAGGCUACUAUCGGUGCCGACUUCCUGACACGCGAGGUUAUGGUCGAUGACCGCCAGGUUACCAUGCAGCUUUGGGAUACUGCUGGUCAGGAACGCUUCCAGUCGCUAGGUGUGGCUUUCUACCGUGGUGCCGAUUGCUGCGUUUUGGUCUACGAUGUCAACAACGCCAAGAGUUUCGAGGCCCUCGACAGCUGGCGGGACGAGUUCCUGAUCCAGGCCUCGCCUCGUGACCCACCAAACUUCCCUUUCGUUGUUCUGGGCAACAAGAUUGAUGUGGAGGAGAGCAAGCGAGUUAUCUCAAACAAGAGAGCCAUGACAUUCUGCCAGUCGAAAGGUGACAUCCCAUACUUUGAGACCAGUGCCAAGGAGGCCAUCAAUAUCGACCAGGCAUUUGAAGUGAUUGCACGAAAUGCCCUGGCACAGGAGGAGUCCGAGGAGUUUAGCGGAGAUUUCGACGACCCUAUCAACAUUCGUAUCGACAACCCCAACGAAGGCUGCGCUUGUUAA